AUGGAUAUCCCCGCUGACAAUGAUCUCAGUUUGUUUGAGGCACACCCUGAAUGUCAACCUCCCAACACAAACCCCUCAAUCUUCUUCAGCUAUGACUUCAUUCGCAACACUUAUAACCAGUUGAAGCAGGUUGAUGCCGCCAAAUACGCCGCUGGCGACAAGGCUGCUCGGGAAGCCGUCAAGGAAAUCAUUGGCCGCAAUGCUUUCUCGACCGUGCUCGUCAAUGAUACCUCUGGCAAGAUGGCUUUGAUGACAAGUGGCAAUGCUGCCAAUCCUGUCAACUUCGGAGACGACAUCAAGGCCGCGAUGGAGAAAUUGUGA